GGACGCGGAGCCACGGGCGUCCCCCUCCCACGGCCCGGCCAGUGGAAGGCGCCGCGGCUCCGAGUGGCCGCGGCGGUGGGCUGUGCCCGAGUCUCCUCCCUUUGGCCGGCCGCAGGCCAGCAGCCCCAGUGUCUCUGACCCUGCCGCCAUGGCCACUUCCCAGUUCUUUCGCGCACUGGUGUCUGCUCAGUGGCUGUCCGAGGCGCUGAGGGCCCCACGUGCGGGGCAGCCUUUGCAGGUUCUCGACGCCUCCUGGUACCUGCCCAAGCUGGGCCGCGAUGCGCGGCGUGAAUUUGAGGAGCGCCACAUCCCGGGCGCCGUUUUCUUUGACAUUGACCAGUGCAGCGACCGCACUUCGCCUUACGACCACAUGCUGCCCCGCGCCGAGCACUUCGCCGAGUACGUGGGCCGCCUGGGCGUGGGCACCGCCACGCAUGUGGUGGUCUACGACGCCAGUGAGCAAGGCCUGUACGCGGCGCCGCGAAUCUGGUGGAUGUUCCGGGCCUUCGGCCACCGCACCGUGUCACUGCUGGACGGGGGCCUCCGCCACUGGCAGCGCCAGGGGCUCCCACUCAGCUCCGGCAAGAGUCACCCGUCGCCCGCCGAGUUUCGCGCGCAACUCAAUCCUGCCUUCAUCAAGACCUACGAGGACAUCAAGGAGAACCUAGAAGCCCGACACUUCCAGGUGGUGGAUGCUCGUGCGGCUGGCCGCUUCCGUGGCACCGAGCCCGAGCCCCGAGACGGCAUUGAGCCUGGCCACAUCCCCGGCACCGUGAACAUCCCCUUCACAGAGUUCCUGACCCCAGAGGGCCUGGAGAAGAGCCCCGAGGAGAUCCAGCACCUGUUCCAGGAGAAGAAGGUUGACUUGUCCCGACCACUGGUGGCCACCUGUGGCUCGGGAGUCACCGCCUGCCACGUAGCCCUAGGGGCCUACCUCUGCGGCAAACCUGAUGUGCCCAUCUACGAUGGCUCCUGGGUGGAGUGGUAUAUGCGCGCCCCGCCCGAGGACGUCAUCUCUGAGGGCCAGGGCAAGACACACUGAGGCCAGGCGGGACGGCUCAGGCCACAUCCCUGCUGGUGCUGGCUCUGCCCUUGGAGCCUUUCUGGGACAUGCUGGGAGCAAGCCAUUAUGUGAACUCAUGAGCUCCCAGCGGAAGUGAAGACAGCAAGUGUGCAGGGGCUACUGAGGCCCCCACCCCAGCUGGCCUGCAUGGUGCUGCCUUCAGUCGCACAGUUGAAGAAAUAAAACAGCACAGGUGCCAAA